AUGAAUAAAGACGUCGACUAUCAAACUUUUAAAAAAAGUUUAAGAAAAGAAUUUAAAAAAGCUGUGAAGACUAUCCUAAAUUUACAAGCAUAUAAUGGUGAUUUGAUAAGGGACUUUUUGGCUCUUUAUAUUCCGUACCAUGUAGUUUUUUAUAAUCUUUCGAUCAUGAAAAAAGGUUCACCAUUAAGGAUUCAAACCAAUAACCUUCUGAAAGAAGCGCUGGCCAAAAUUUUAAACUUUAAUCUUGCGAUGGGUCCAAAACAUAUCAUCAAGAUAAUGAAGAAAGAUAAAGCCGAUCCAGAGACAAUGAAUAAAUUAAAACUGGUACUAUAUAUAAAAUUAUUUCAAGGAGUAUUUGGUCAUGUAGAUAAAAAUUAUAACCUCGCAUUUCAAUCUUUUCGCUGGUGCUUACAAUUCAUUGCGUACUCAAAAAGGACAAGACUAUUUGCAAGUAUCGCAGACGAGCAAAUUGGAGCUUUUUAUGAACUUUGCGAACUAUUUAUAUCCAUGUUGUGUUGCCACUGUUUUCUAAUUGAUUUGAAAGAAAAUGAAGCAUUGGUAGGCAAUAAUCUAAAAAAUUUUAUCAAAAGACAAAACCCUAAUUAUUCCCAUGGCUUCGAUUUAAAUGAGGAGACCAAGUCACUUCAAUGGCACUGGUCACUCGACGAGGUAGAUGUUAUUGAGGCGUUAUACUGCGUCGCUUUCGAUGCGAUGGAUAAGAUAACGCUUAAAUUUUCAAAGGUCAAUGAAAAUUUUGUUUUUAGUCAGUUUUUUCAGUAUUGUGCAGAAAUCGAAGAAAUGUUAGCCAUUCUGAGAGGAAAAAUUUGGGAGUGUGAAUGUGAUGUGUUCGGUCCCAGAAUCGGACUAUUAGUAGAUAGUAACCACAUGAAUGAAACAAUUCAAAAAAAUAUUCUGUCAAUAACUUUCAAACUUAAAAAUGACCCUCAGAUUAUAUGCUGCUUGAAUAAAAUUCUGGAAGGCUUAUUACUUUCAUCAGGUGUUCAAUUUAAAGUUAUCCAGUUUUUUUAUGUAUUAAAACUAUACUAUAUGCAAGAUAAUGAAUACACAUUCGAAGCAUCAUCUGAAAUGGAUAAAUUGACCAUAGAAUGCUUAUGUAUCAUCGAAAAUAUUAUUGAUGCUUGUGACAAUCCUGAUGAAGUAACUGACUACCAACUACCUAAGGUACUGUUGACUGCUAUGGAGGGGAAAUUACUUGUUGCUGAAAAAAUAUCCGAAGAUAAUGACUGUUCAGAAUCUCUGGACGAUUAUCAUCCCCGAACUUACCAAUUCAGACAUCCCAGAAUAAUAAUAGACAAGAUGAAAACAAAAUUGAAGCAGAAACUGCGCUUUGACUCACCUAAAGAUCCAGAAACAGAUGAUCAUUGGAUUGAGUAUUGGAAAUAUUGCUAUCAGGAUAACAUAGGGAACUUGCCGGACAUUUUGUCACGUAUAUAUCAAACCUUUACUGAUCCCUCCAAUUAA